GGAAGAUUACAUUAUCCCCCUUUGACAGACUCUCUCCCCUAUUUUUUUUUCUCACUGUUUUCUUUUUCUUCUUUUCCUCCUUUCUUUCGCUUGAGAAUACCCAUGGGCGCCAACACCUCCAAAGCUGCUGGUGCUGGAGACUCCACUCAUUCUGCACAUCACGCCCACCAGAAGAUCAAGGAUCUCGUCGACCUUGGCUCCGUCCUGCCGAAUGGCCUCUACCCUACUGCUCAGCAGGACUAUGACCUACGCUGUGUGCGUAACUUGAUAGUGGCCCGCAAGCUGGCACCCUUUUAUAAAGGUAAAUAACCAAGGGAAAAUGCAUCGUAUCGAAGCUGCUGUGUUGGUGCGUUGUCGGGGGGAAUCGUGCACCAGGUGGAGGCUGACGCCAAGCAAAAACACACGCAUACACUACAAACUAUCAUAUCACACAGGUUUGCCAGACGCACCGGAUCCUAUUUUGCCGAAGAAUAAAGACAUGAGCCAUAGCGGCCACAGUAGCAGUAGCAACAACAACAACAAACACUUAUUACCGCCGGCACCCGCCCCCGCAGCUUCGUCCUCCAUGACCACCGUCUCCUCUGCGUCAAAAAGAAACCUCAACACUAGACCACGCAGUGCAUCUAGCAGUAGCGGCAGCUACUCCAACAACAAUACCCACCCACAGAAAACACAGCAACAGCAACAUCAGCAACCGCCUUCCCGCCCUCCCACAGAACGAGAACUGAGGAUUGAAAGGAUGCGCUUGCGUGAAAAGAUGCUCUACAACGAUGCGAUAGAAUGUCCUAUAUGCUUCCUUUACUACCCGUCCAACAUCAACUAUUCCCGUUGCUGUGAUCAGCCGCUCUGCACAGAAUGCUUUGUGCAGAUCAAGCGACCACCGGAAUCGCAGACGGCUCCGGCCACAUGUCCGUUCUGCAUGCAGGACAAUUUUGGUGUUAUCUACACGCCUCCAUCAUGGAGUGAGAGCCUAAAGAAGUCAUCUGACCUUUCUCCCGCCGCCACCGCAAAGACCAACGCCACGCAUAGCACACCUCGACACACUACCUCCGGUAUCAGCAACGAUGCAAGGCCACGUCGCCAAACCAUCAGCCAUCAAAAUCCCAGUGUUGUUCUUGUUGACCACGUGAGGCCCAACUGGAACCGGGUCCCGACUACUGCAACAACAGCAACAACGACGACGCGAAGCUCGCGAAGCAACUCUUCUGCGGCACAGUUGCGCACUGUCCCGACAGCACCCGGAGUGUAUGCAACCCGUCAGGGGCGAUCGGCGUCAUCUGCAGCUACGUCAGAAUAUGGUCAAUUCUUGUCCAACAUGCGGGAGAUGGACCUGGAUUUGGAUGCUUGGAUGCUCAACGAAGCUAUUAGACGGUCGCUGGCUGAACAACAAGAAGAACGACAAAGCGGCGGCAGCAAUAAUACCAGCACGACUCAUGCCUCUCAAUCUCCGCCUGUAACACAAGAACCCAUUGAUGAAGACGAUGAACCCCUUUACAACACCGCACGAAGGCUCGAACAGCAGCAGCAGCAACAACAACAACAACAGCAACAGCAACAAUCCAUAUCAUCCACCUCUUCCUUAUCAACCUCGACCUCUUCAUCUGAAUCCAACUUUCCUACCCCUGAUACAGAAGCCACCAACUUAUUCAACCGAACUGCUUCUGAAGAGGAUAAAGUCAGUCAUCCUCAUACUCACGAUAACGCUGCUGGCGCCAACAGUAAUCCCACAAGCAACGACGCCACCGUUUACUAACAGUAAAGAUGCAUCUCACUUUUGUGUUUCAAUACACCAAAAUCUCACCCUUG